AUGAUCAAGAACGUCGCUCUUGCCUCCCUCGUCGCCGCCUCGGCCGUCCUCGCCCAGGACGCGUCGCAGCUUCACAUCGACACCCCCAACGGACCCGUUGCCUGCCAGCCUACCCGUAUCACCUGGGGUGGUGGCCAGCCCCCUUACUACGUCACCAUCCUCAAGGGUGGAGAGUCCUCGGGCACCCCCCUCGCUGACCUGACCGGCGGCAACCCCACCUCGGAGACCUCGCUCACCUGGUGGGUCAACCUCGAGCCCGGCACCUCGAUCACUGCCACCAUCAAGGACUCGACCGGUGCCCAGAACUCGGCCGCCAAGGUCGACGUCGCCUCCGGCGGCAACACCGACUGUAUCUCGAAGCCCCUCUCGGUCUCGAUUGCCGGUGCCAUGGCCACCCCCUCUGGCUCGUCCAACGGCGAGACCCCUCAGGCCACCGACGGCGGCAACCAGCAGGGCGGCGGCGCCGUCGGCGGCGCUGGCGGUGACCAGAACCAGCAGUCCCAGGGCGGCGGUGACCAGCAGCCCUCUGCCACCCCCACCGGCGGUGACCAGCAGUCUCAGUCUGCUGCCCCCUCGGGCGGCAACGAGCAGUCCGCUCAGUCCCAGUCUCAGUCCGCGUCUCAGUCCGCUGAGCAGUCCGCCCAGUCUCAGUCUCAGUCUGCUGAGUCGCAGUCCGCCUCUGCCCAGUCCGCCUCUGCCACCUCGGCCGGCAACGCUGCCUCGUCGCUUUCGUCUCAGGCUGGUUCGGCCACCUCUGCUGCCGGCGCUACUGCUUCCUCCGCCAAGCCGGAGGGUGGCGCUUCGGCCCUCGUCCCCGGCUUCGUUGCCCCCGCCCUCGCUGCCGUUGUCGCCGCUUUCGCUCUCUAA